UAACUGUAUAGCUGGCCAAGCAUUUGUACUCUGUAGUGCAGUAACAGAUUUUGAUUUUAUUGUUACCAUUGUUGUUCUUAAAAAUGUCUUAUCUUUUACAAGGGCCUUUGGGAAAAAUCUCCAGGGACAAACUUCUGACGUUUUCUUUGCAGCCAGUAGUUUAACUGCUGUAUUACACUCACUCAGUGAAGUGAUGGAAAAUAUUGAAGUUUAUCAUGAGUUUUGGUUUGAGGAAGCCACAAAUUUGGCAACCAAACUUGAUAUUCAAAUGAAACUCCCUGGUAAAUUUCAUAGGGCUCAACAAGGUAACCUGGAAUCUCAAUUAACCUCUGAGAGUUACUAUAAAGAAACCCUGAGUGUCCCAACAGUAGAGCACAUUAUUCAGGAACUUAAAGAUAUAUUCUCAGAACAGCAUCUCAAAGCUCUUAAAUGCUUAUCUCUGGUACCCUCAGUCAUGAGACAGCUCAAAUUCAACAUAUCAGAGGAACAUCAUGCUGACAUGUACAGAAGUGACUUACCCAAUCCUGAUACACUCUCAGCUGAACUUCAUUGUUGGAUAAUCAAAUGGAAACACAGAGGGAAAGACAUAGAGCUUCCAUCUACCAUUUAUGAAGCCCUCCAUCUGCCUGACAUUAAGUUUUUUCCUAAUGUGUAUGCCUUGCUGAAGGUCCUGUGUAUUCUUCCUGUGAUGAAAGUUGAGAAUGUGCGCUAUGAAAAUGGAUGAAAGCAUCUCAAAGCAUACUUGAGGCACACUUUGACAGACCAAAGGUCAAGUAACUUGGCUUUGCUUAACAUAAAUUUUGAUAUAAAAUAUGAUCUGGAUUUAAUGGUGGACACAUAUAUCAAACUAUAUACAACUAAAUCAGAGCUUCCUACAGAUAAUUCAGAAACUGUUGAAAAUACCUAAGAGACUUUUACAGUGGGCUUUUUCUUUUU